GAUGUAGGAGAGACGGUCAGGGACGUUCCGCCUUGCAUGGGCACUGUCACAUCUUCUGACCGAUUCAAUGACAACCAGGCGUUCUUGAGGCUGAGUUUCGAAUCAGGCCCGACUCAGCUCUAUCCGCCCCGACCCAACGCCGACUUUGACCUUCACCCUCGUCAAAGACUUUUCCGACCAGAGACCAGCACCAUGCCCAGGCAGCCCAACUUGUACCGUCGCCUUAGCGAAAGGCGCGACGAGAUCCGCCUGCUUGGCCUCCUUCCGGAAUCUCGUGCAACCGGCAUCCCCCACUGCACGCACUCGACGCACUCUGUGCGAGACCUGACGGCCGAGUACCUCGCCUUACUUUCGGGGGCGGCGCAGUCCUCCCAGACAGCAACCACCACGAAUGGCAGCAGCAGCAGUAGUAGCCUCAGCAAGCGCUCCAGCACCUCACGCUGGAUCAACAGCCGCCUUCCGCCGCACCUCGCCAGCCUCGAGCCCAUCAGCCGGCGCCACUUAACCAGCCCGCCCAGGUACCAGCACCGCUUCACCUGGGGCGACUACGCCGGCAGUCGUUCUGGCUGUGGGUCGACGCCGUAUGCAUCAGCCAAGACGACCUCGACGAGCGUGCGCGCCAGCUGA